CCUUAUCUUCCGGUACUUGGGACUCCUCCGGCACAAAGUCAACAGUUUUGGAGACAGGAGGCAAGAAGAACGAGAAAGACGAGGAGGGAAUGGUUUUUGUCACAAAGGAAGGAAUCAGUCGGAGCCCGUAGUGACUUGAACCACGGUGGGGGAGACACCGACUAUUAACAGAUUAAUUUCCAAUGUGACAGCUGUUGCUUUUAACCAGUUAAGCUGUGCUGAGGCCUCUGAUUUAAAGGCAACAAUGCCCCAGGCCGCUAACACAAUCAACCUGGGCUUCCUGUCCGACUCUGAGCGGGAGCUGAUCCUGGAGGUGCUGCGACGAGACGAGGAGCUGAGGCUGGCGGAGGAGCAGCGAGUGCGGAAGCUGAAGACAGAGCUGCUGGAUGUGAAGAGGAAAGGAGCCAAACGUGGCAGUGGAAAAUACAGUCAGCGUGUUUGUGGUCGAUGCCUGGAGCCUCUCAGUUCACUGACUGUGUUCUCCAAUCAGUGUAAGAUGUGCAGUCACUACGUGUGCCGCAACUGCAGAACGGUCUUAUCCAAAGGGUCCUGGUUAUGCAGUGUGUGCGCCAAAGAGUCAGACAUAAAGAAAAGAACAGGUGACUGGUUCUACAACCAAAGGGUAAACCGCUUCUGUGCUAAUCCUGGACAUGACCUAGUGAGAAGCUCACUCAAAAAGAGGCCUCCGCCAUCAAAGAAGCGUGAGACGACAGCAGAAGUGCUACUAAGAAAUACAGAGUUAAAUCCAGAUGCUGCUGCUCCUCAAUCCAGACAGAAAAACCUGACAGUUAAUAAAGGUCCUUCAAGAGAGAAUUCAGGAUCUAUUGCUUCAAGGGAAUCGGUAGAAUCAAAGGACGACGUUUCUUCAAAGCCAACACCCAGCGACACAGAGUCUGCAGAAAUUGCCAGCAUAAGUAGCAGUAAAACUGAAACUGAGUCUGGUCGUGCGACUCCUGAACCACCAAGGAAAGUGAAUCGACCACCUCGGUCCAGUCCAGCAGGAUCCAGUGUUUCCAAUUUGACUCUCCCAGUCAAAGCUGACUCGGAGGCUAACACGGUCCAGGAAGUGAAAGAGGUCAAUCCAAGCCCAGAAUUGGAUGUAGACAGACUGUUCAAGAAGAGUGUUAGACGAGCCCCAAAGUCCUCUGAAUGUGCAUCAACGUUGGACCUCCGUGAAGAUGAGAGGGAUACAUCAUCCACCUCAUUGGGCAAAAGAAGCAAGUCUGUUCCAGGCCUUGAUACUCAGGAAGAAGAGGAGGAGGAGGAAGAUAUUGACAGCUUGGUUAGCUUUCAUAAAAGGACAAUGGCUUCAAGCUCCUCUAGUCUGCACAGCACGAAGAGCACAAUGGGCAGCAUGAUGAGCAUUUACAGUGAGGCAGGAGAUUAUGACACUGUGGAGGCGAGUGGAGACAUUAUCUUCUCUGUGAGCUAUGACGAAAACUCCAAGAGCCUCCUGGUCUUCAUUAAGGAGUGCCAUGGGCUGGCCUACGGCAAUGCCUCCCGGCAGAGUUCAAACCCUUAUGUCAAAUGUUAUCUUCUACCUGACAAAUCGCGCCAGAGCAAAAGGAAAACCACCGUCAAGAGUAACACAGUGAACCCUGUCUACAACGAAACACUGAAGUACUCCAUCAAUCACUCUCAGCUCUUCACCCGAUCCAUUCUGAUAUCAGUGUGGCAUCACGGUCGCCUUAGCCGCAACACUUUCCUGGGUGAAGUAGAGAUCGCUCUGGACUGCAGAGACCUGGACUCUCCUCAGGAGGAGCGGGUGUCUCUCAUGUCAAAGGCGCCCUCUUCUGUGCCAUCUUCAGCUUUUGCUCAGUAUAAAGGAGACUUGGUGAUUUCAUUGAAGUAUAUCACACCUCAGAAGCCAUUAUCUGACAAAACCAAAGGCAAGAAGGCAGCAAGUGAUGAAGGGGGAGAGCUGCAUGUCCUUGUUAAAGAAGCAAAGAAUUUGAUGGCCAUGAAAGUAGGAGGCACAUCAGACAGCUUUGUGAAAGGGUAUUUGUUCCCAUCAAAGGUAAAGUCCACCAAGAGAAAAACUCCAGUUGUGAAGAAAAAUCUGAACCCUCACUAUGACCACAUAUUUGUGUACAAGGACCUGUCCCUGGAUCAGUUAAAGGGGAUGUGUCUGGAGCUCACUGUGUGGGACAGAGAGGCCAUGUCAAGCAAUGAAUUCCUUGGAGGAGUACGCCUUAGCUCUGGAAAAGGUUGUGUGAAAAUAGGGAAGGAGGAAGUGGAGAUGGACUCUGUUGGGGAGGAGGUCAGUCUGUGGCAGAAAAUGAUGCAGUACCCUGACUCAUGGGCAGAGGGCACUCUUCCACUGCGCUCCACUAUGGGGAAGGACAAGGGCAAGUAAGGACAUCCGAGUCAACAGCCUUCCAGCUGUAGGACAAGCUGCAGACUCACAGUAGCUUCAGGACACACCCACUAUAGAAUACACACUCAAGAUGGUUAGGUUUACAUGGGUGGAUUUGGAGGAAAAGUCAGGGUAGGGGUGUCAUCAGUCAUGUUCAGACCUUUGAGUAGAGGCAGACACUGAAACCAAGCUGUAUGAGACCAAUAUGAGACUGAGGGUUUGAGAUCAAUUCCAUUUUAUAAGUUUAUCACAUAGACGACCUGCUGAAUGCCAAAUGCCCACCCACCCCACUCCCCUUUGGGAUUCAUCUUUAACCCCACCUCCCCUCACUGCAGGCUGAUGUUACUUUUACAUAUGUGCCAAAGCAUCUUAACACUAAAUUUUAUUUCAGGUAGGAAUUAUAUUAGAGCAAUGACACAGUCUAAAAUGUGUUUCUAAAAUUAUAUUAUGUAUUUAUUACAAUUCAGAUCAUGCACAGCACUUAAUAUAGAAAUGGUGUCAUAGUAUUUCAACACUUCCUUCGUAUUUGUGUACAGCUGAAAUGUGCUUGGAUGGGGCAGUAAUCCAUUAUUAACUUCCAUGAAAUGUCUGGUAUUGCAUCUGAAAGAAAUUCUAGUCAUUUUAAUCUAUGCUAUUACAUUUCCGAUGACACAAAUGUGUACAAAUAUUUAUAUAAAACUGCACAGAAAACAUUAAUUGUUUUAUGUUUUAAAUUUGCUUAUUUGCAUUUAUAUGUAUGUGUGUGUGGAGGUUUAACUUUUAUUCAUCAUUGGAAAGUGAUCAGAGCUAUGUUUACCUCAAGGUUGCCUUGAAUAUUCUGUUCACCCAAUAAAAUCUGAAUUAAACCAAA